AUGCAAGAGUGUCACCUACGCUGCUGGCGAUGGUUCCACCCCAACUGCAAGCUGUAUGGUCACGGCCUCUUUUCCCAGACUGCCAUCGCGGGCGUGCACCACGCCUUCUUCACUGACCCUCCUACGGAAGAGCCCAAGGUUUCUGAGACCAAGUUGUGCUCUACGGAAUGUCCUGCUGCUCAUGGUCAGCUCUUCGUUAGCGCCACUGGCGAGAACUUCCAAAUGUCCCGCGACAGGCGUCACGGCACUACCUACCUCAAGAUUGAUCGCCAGCUUUCCUUUGAGGCCUGCAUGAGCUCCUGUGCUGCUAUGCCCGCUUGCCACAGCGCUGAGUAUGAGCCACGCACUAAGAAAUGUUUCUACGGCAACAACCACAACCAACCCGCCAUCGACGCGAAGGCCUUCCUCUCCGCUCACUCUCUCGGAUGCGCCGGUGCUUGCUCCAGCUGCAAGAAGGGCUGUGACCAACUGAACUCGGCUGCCCUGUCCGCUGAUGUCGCUGGCUGCGAGGCCGAUCACGGAAAGCUCAUCACUUCUGGUGGCGAGGACUUCCGCCUCCAGUGCAAACACUGCUACCGCAGCACCGCCUACUUCAAGCUGGAGGCCAAGACCAUGGCUGAGUGUGCCAAGGCUUGUGCCGAGAACCCCAACUGCCAUGGUGUCAACUGGAUGGGUCCUGUGACUGGCUGUAGCGCUCACCCUGCUACCCAGCCUGGCGGAGCUGCCCCUGUCUUCUACCGAGAUGCUCGCUGUGAUGCCCUGAUGCCUCAGGGCCGCAGCUUGCCUCACUAUGAUACCAUUGGCGCGGACAGCCCCGAGAUUACCGCUCGUGACUGGUAA